AUACUAGUGAUCACAGGAGCAGGUAAAGAAGUGAAAAGAAAUAAAUGAUAAGCAUAGCAACUCGUGAUAGUAACCUCUGAGAGAUAGGAUUAUCAACAGACUCUGGUAUUCCGGACUAUAGAGGUGACCAGAAAAGGGAACCUAUGUGCGUAACCCAAGACAUCGACCCAUUCUUUACCAUGAACUUCUUUCUUCUCAUCUCUAUCGACAAAGAUACUGGUCUCGUAGUUAUCUAGGAUGGCCAAAGAUGUCCCAAGCUUUACCAAACGGCUCGCACCAUGCACUUGCCUUGUUAACGACUCAGUCUUCCUAUAUCCAAAACAUCAUUACACAAAAUGUAGAUUAUCUUCAUACCAAGGCGAACACGCCCGUUGAAAGGCUGCUUGAACUACAUGGUACACUUUACAAGGUGGAAUGUAUGGACUGUGAUGCAGAGUAUGACCGGACCCUGUACCAACACCGUAUCCAUGCUCGUAAUCCAGCCUGGAAUGCGAUGUUAGGCGGUGAAACCAAGAUCAAUCCUGAUGGUGAUGUGGAGCUACCAGAUGGUGUAGCUUACGAUGAUUUUGACAUUCCACCUUGUACUUCCUGUGGUAGUCAAAAGAUGAAACCCAAGGUCGUCUUUUUUGGAGAAAAUAUCAAACCACACAUAACCAAAAGAGCAGAGCAACUCGUGAAUGACUGUUCUGCCGUUGUUAUCAUCGGCUCCUCACUUGCUACUUAUUCUUCUUAUCGACUCGUUAGAAUGGCUCAUCAACAAAAUAAACCCAUAGGUAUCCUUACCAAGGGACCAACGAGAGCAGAUAGUCUGAUGACAUGGAAAGGUGAAGUAGGCUGUACUCCUGUAUUAGUUGAGCUAUCAAGGCGCUUAAAAGGAACAAUGAAGACGACCAAGACAUGAAGAAGGAUAGUUUUGAAAAGAAAAACUUGAUUUAAUUAUGUUUAUUUGAUUGGCC